UAUAAUUAAAUAACUUACAGGAUAAAUAUGAAGAAUAUUCAUUCCAUUUACAGUUGGUUGUUACGUAAAUGUGUUGACAAUUAAUUUCAAGUUCAAUUUCUGGUUUUCCCUCUCAAAUGAUCCUCUUUCCAUGUCGCAUUCACCUUUUACGUAAGACAAAAAUCCAUGGCCAGUAUUUCUCGCUAAAGACAUAUUCGUUCUUUCUUCUAAGGUUGCGUUUAGACACAAUAUAGUCACGAGGCGUUCCAGCAUGAUCAUGUACAAGUAAAUGUAAAGUUCAUCGGGAAUAAACCAGAAAUGGCUCUGUGUUUUUCUCUUGGGCAUGACAUGGGAUAGAGGAUGGUUACGAAGAGGAUCUAAUCUGUGAUCUCUUUCAUGAUUGAUGGAAAGAAUAAUUAGGUUUUUUGGUUCGAUAACGAAAGAGGAAAAGGGUAUGAAGCCUUUUCUUCUGAAAUGUGGUUUGGCUUUGGCUCUUACCUUUGCUGGACUUCUCUACUCUCAUAUCGGAGCCAAGAGAAUCAAACCUUCUCCUACUUCCCCCAAGGGGCAACCUUCAGGUCAUGGAAGCGAAGAUAAUUUCGUAAGAGGUAAAAGGGCUGCUUCUAGUUCAGAGGAAAAUGUUUUGGAUGCUGUAAGUGACAUGAAAAAGACUAUCUGUCCUGAAUUUAAUGAUCCUAUCAAGGAUGCUGAAUUUGGAGUCACCAUUGAAGGUAGUUCUUUUAAGAAAGAGGUAGAAACACCAAGGUCAAAAGUAGGAUCUCCUAUGGCAUAUGCAAAUGUUGACAAAGAUGACUAUGAGAAAGAGAUCAGGAACCUCAGGAGCAUGAUCAGAAUGCUUCAAGAGAGGGAAAGAAACCUUCAGUUUCAACUGCUUGAGUACUGUGGCAUUAAAGAGCAACAAGCAGCAGUGAUGGAGCUCCAAAAUAGAUUAAAGAUAAGUAAUAUGGAGGCUAAGAUGUUCAAUCUGAAGGUUGCGACCUUGCAGUCUGAGAAUCGGAGAUUGGAGGUACAAGUGGCUGAUCAUGCAAAACUGGUAUCUGAGCUUGAGACUGCAAAAACGAAAGUUAAGUUUUUGAAGAAGAAAAUUAAGUAUGAAGCUGAACAGAAUAGGGAGCAUAUCAUGAAUCUUAAGCAAAAAGUUGCCAAGUUGCAGGAUCAUGAAUUUAAAGUUGCUGCUAACGAACAAGAGAUUCAAAUUAAGCUGAAAAGGCUUAAUGAUCUUGAGUGUGAGAUAGAGCAGUUGAGAAAAUCUAAUUUGAGACUCCAGAUAGAAAAUUCUGACUUAUCUCGAAGAUUGGAUUCUACUCAGCUCCUUGCAAAUGCUGUUCUAGAAGAUCCUGAGGCACAAGCUCUGAAGGAAGAAGGUGAACGUCUCAGACAAGAGAAUGAAGGGUUGACGAAAGAACUUGAGCAAUUACAUGCAGAUAGAUGUUCAGAUCUUGAAGAGUUAGUUUAUUUGCGGUGGAUAAAUGCUUGCUUAAGACAUGAACUACGAAGUUAUCAGCCCCCACCUGGUAAAACAGCAGCAAGGGACUUAAGUAAAAGCUUGAGUCCUACCUCUGAGAAGAAAGCCAAGCAACUUAUACUUGAAUAUGCAAACAAUGAUGGGCGAGGGAGCGUUUCUGAUGUGGAAUCUGACCAAUGGUUCUCUUCACAGGCUUCUUGUUUCACAGACUCAGGUGAGCAUGAUGAUUAUUCUCUUAAUGAUACUUCAUCUGAGGCCAAAGCUAACAAUCCAAGCAAGUCAAAGAUUUUUGGCAAGCUUAUGAAGCUGAUACGAGGCAAAGACAGCCAGAACCAACGUGAUCGAGUUAUAUCUAAAGAAAAAUCAAUUUCCCGGGUAGAUAGCAGUUCACAUUUCAGCUUGAGUAUGUCAACUGGACAUGAGUGUCUUAGGAGCGAAUAUACAACUCCCUCUGUCACUUCUAGAACUUCCUUUGAUUAUAACCAAGCCACGAGUAUGAAGGAUGAUAGUAGGAGAAAUUCAUAUAGCCAUACCCCAGGAAGCUCCAAGAAUUUCAGUCCAAUGAGAAGAAGUUCAGCAGAUUCCAAAAACCGCCUCGAUUCUUUCUCAGAAUCCUCUGACAUGGAGAAAACUAAUUUGGUCAAAUAUGCUGAAGCUUUAAAAAAUUCCAGUGAAGCCCCCAAACAUAAAUCACACAGAAGAUCAGCAGCAUAUAGUUCAUUUUAACUUAUUAGCUACAUAUGCAAGGAUUUUACAUUACUAUGAAUAUUACAGAUUAGCAGGGUUUAUUUAGCAAUCAAUCCUGAUGUACAAUAUUAGACGUUAGGAGCUGUUCAGAUAAUCAUGUAAUAAUUAAGGAGGGAGGCACUUAAAAUCAUAGGCAAAAAUUCAUGCAUAGUAAUUCUGUGAGUAUGGUAAAAUUUUAACUUCUGGCGAUUCAUUAUGAUCCCUUUCUCUAGCCAUAACUUGCUUCUUUGCAAUUGGUAAUUUCUAGGUUAAUUAUAUAGCAAAAUUCUGAUGAAAAUUUUUGAACCGUCAGGUUUAGUAUUCCCUUCAGGAAUUUUGCUCAUUUUGCUUUUCCACCACAGUGCUACAUGGACUUGUUCAAAAGUUGUGUCUGUUGAAUAUUCAAUCUGGUGAGGCAGAUUGUGAGGUGGAAAUAAACUUGGUUUUUUUCCUCUUAACAAUUACAUGUUAUUUUGAUUGUAUAUAUUCGGAUGAAUCGUAUACUUGCUGUAUCAUAUAACUUUCCUUCCU